AGAAGGUCAGGGUCAAUGUGUUCAACUCAGCGCGACGGACAGAAUAUUUUAAGCAAACGCUGGGUCAAGCGACGCAGAAAGGAACGGACCAAUCAGGACGCUCGUUGGGAUGCGUCGGUCGGCGGCUGUGCGUCGUCAUGCGCGGCAAGUUGGCAGAGUUUCCAGAGUUCAUUCCGCUCGCGCCAGGGAAGCAGCGACAAGGCGGAAGUCGAGCUGGCUGCCUCAACUCUCUUCCAGCGAUGGAGCAGGGGGAGUAGGGACCGAGAACCACCGAUACACCGGAUAACCUCCUCCAAACAGUCGCUACGGGGGGACGCGGAGACCUCCCUCUCACCCACUCCCUCUCCCAUGUCCAUUAUCUCAGGGUAUAAUUCAGAGCCGGAACGUGGUGGUCCUGAUGAUUCCAGUUCCAUGAAUUCCCUACGGAUCUCCGUGCGAGGCCUUCCUGCCCUGGCCUUCAUGGCCGGCGCCACCUCUGACCCCCGCUUCCGCCUAAAAUGGAGGGCCAUCACCGUGGCAACACUCAUUGCCCUUGCCCUGCUGUUCUACCUGCACCAGACGACGGGGGUCGGAACUGGCGGCAAUGACGUCUUCGGCGUCUCCUCUGACCGCUUCCAUCACCACGGUAACGGGGCGCAAAGCUGGUGGACGAACAAUGACAAUGAAAUAAACAAUGGUAACCGUCAACCGGUGGCUGCAGUGGGAAACAACGGCGGCGUCAACUGGAAUAAUAAACACUACAACGACACAUAUCCUCUCAGUCCCCCGGAGAGGAUGGCGUCCGGGAGCAUCCGGUACCGUAUUGGGGUGAUCUCAGACUUGGACACGGCCUCAAUGAGCACCCAGGGUCAGACGUGGUUCAGCGUCAUGCGGAGGGGCCACCUGGUGGUGUCUGAGAGUGGGGACAGAGUGGAGGUGGAGUGGGACGCAGACAGCCUGACCCUGGAGAGCCACCUGGCUGAGAAGGGACGAGGUAUGGAGCUGUCGGAGCUAGUUGCGUUCAACGGUCACCUGUACAGCGUGGACGACCGUACAGGAGUUGUCUACAGGAUAGAGGGGAACCAGGCGGUACCCUGGGUUAUACUGACUGAUGGAGACGGGUCUGUCUCAAAAGGGUUCAAGGCAGAGUGGCUGGCGGUGAAGGAUGAGUGCCUCUACGUGGGUGGUCUGGGUAAAGAGUGGACGACCACUACCGGAGAGUUCAUCAACGACAACCCCCAAUGGAUCAAGGUGGUGGGUUACCGCGGCAACGUGCAACACGAGAACUGGGUACCGCGUUACAAUGCCCUGCGCAGCGCAGCCGGGAUUCAACCGCCAGGUUACCUGAUCCAUGAGUCUGCAGCGUGGUCCGACCGCCUCCAGCGCUGGUUCUUCCUCCCCCGCCGCGCCAGCUCCGAACGCUACGAUGAGAUCGCCGACGAGCACCGCGCCACCAACCUCCUCCUCUCCUGCCCCUCGGACUUCCGCGAAGUCACCGUGGGGCACGCUGGACCCCUCCACCCAACGCACGGUUUCUCCUCGUUCAAGUUCGUACCGGACACCGACGAUCAGAUCGUAGUAGCGUUGAAGUCGGAGGAGGACGCAGGGAAGAUAGCGACGUAUAUCCUGGCCUUUACUUUAGACGGGAGGAUGCUACUGCCAGAGACGAAGAUAGGAGACCUGAAGUAUGAAGGACUGGAGUUCAUUUAAAAUGGAUGGGGAGGAUGGAGAGGAGGGAUGGAGAGAUCUUGAGGAGAGACGAGGCAUCCUUAGGAGAGACUGGAGGGAUCCUUAGGAGAGACUGGAGAGAGGAGGGAUGGAGAGAUCCUGAGGAGGGAUCCUUAGGAGAGACUGGAGAGAGGGUUGGUUUUUACAACUUACCAACAUCACCUACCUGUGGCCUGACACACCUGUGAAGUAGUGUGAGGUAGGAGGACUCUGUUCCAGGAAGGGUUACGGUCCCAGUCAUCACCAACAAGGUUGUCCAGAGAAACGACUAGUGUUUGGUGACGGACACCCUAAGAUUCUUCACAUGGGCAACUUCCUGGCCCCCCAAAUGAGUCUGGGUAAUAUAGUCCACUAAGUUUGGGUUUAAACAGACAGCCCAAUAAUUGGCUGCAUCUCUAAACGCAGCCUAAGAAGAUCUAUGGUUGAACAGUGGUCAAAGGCUCACAGGGUUGUGUUCAGUAGGCACAAAUCGGAAAGAAACGUUUUAAAACUGAGCAUUCAUUACCUGAAGUUUUCCGUUAUAAUGUAUUUAUCUUUUUACGUUUGUGCCUUCUGAAGAGGACCCUUGUUAACACUAACUCACAAAUGCAAAACUUAGAUGACGUUGGGUUUGUCAACAUUUGCCAUAUGUUGAACAGACUACUGAAUAAGAUGCAUGAUCUUCUUACACCAGCUGUUAUGUUAAUAACUUGUUUUCUCUCUUCCUUUUAAAACAGAACAGCUCAGAUUAAAAUGUUCAUUCUGGAUCAAA